CCCCAUGAACAGCUGCACGUGUCGUUUGUGCAGGAUACUGCAGUGGAAUAUCCUGACCACUGUUACUACAACAGUCAGUGGUACUAUCCAGGACAGAAUCUGAUCAGCAGGGAGGGUAAUGUUUGUACCUGUAUGAACCGUGACAAGAUCGUCUGUUCACAAGGAAACAACAACAAUCAUGUCAACAACAGCAACAACAACAACAACAACAACCAGGUCAAUAACAACAAUCACGUCAACAACAACAACCAGGUCAACAACAACAAUCAUGUCAACAACAACAACCAGGUCAAAAACGUUGCCCAGGAAAUGUCCAAUCCGAUCCAGUCAAAUUUUCGUAUGGGGCCAGACACAUGGCAAUCACCGCAAUCAUGGACAACAUCAGCACCGCAGUGGGAGACCCCGGUACUUCAUUGGGAAACUCCGGUACCUCAAUGGGAAACUCCAGAACCUCAGUGGAACAAUAUCCUCCCUCAAAUGGAGGCUACACCCCAACAGGCACAGAUCUACAUUCAAUAUGUUAACAAUAAGCAGAUUAUGAGCGGAUCACAGAAAGUUCCAGGAAUACAUACCAGAAUGUGGAGGAGAUACUUGGUACUCAGAGCCCAGCCUUCUUUCAAGCGAGUCCAGUAAAAGAGGCUCAAGCUAAUAGCGUUAUAAACGGUCAAUCAUAUUUUCAGAAUCCUUAUGGAUCAGCCAGUUUGCAGCAAUCUCUGUAUGAAAAGGGUUUCCCCAGGUCGGACAAAUCUGGUUCUGUGCAACCCAAUGAGCACAAAUCGGAUGUGAACGGAGAAUCGUGGAUGUAUCAACCUAUGAACGGAAAUAUAAAAUUUGGGUUACCCAGUGAGAAUGGAGGAAAUGUAUUCCAGGGUCCGCUCACCACCGAUAUUACUGUGAUCUCAGGCGGCGGGGACCUGCAAUCGAGUGGAGUCGGCGUGAGUAAGGACUACCAAACCUGGGAAAGAACCACCACUCCCUUACCGUGGUACCUCAACACAGGAGUUAGUAAAAAUAUUGUGGAGCAUAUAGACAUUGGUUUACUAGAAGGUCAAAAUCAAGAUAAUCACAUACAACAUAAUCAUAAUUCAGGAUUUCCCGAGGAGCAAAUUCAGAGACUCCAGGAAUCAGGACAAUCCGAAGCUUAUUCCAGUUUUGGAUUUGAAGUCAAUCAACAACAAAGUAUACACGAGACAGGAUCCAAUCAGGGUCACUUAGAAACCAGGCAGACUGGGUCUAACAAUGCUUUUUCUAACAUUCAGCAGCAACAAGAUAAGGUGAAUAGUCUAACUCAUGCUAAAUCACCAAACCAACAGAAUCGUCAAGAGGCCCAACAAGAAAUAAUGCCUUUAAAAACGUUGGUGCAAGACCAAUCUUUCAACCAAGACCAAUCUUUCAACCAAGGUCAGACUUUCAACCAAGGUCAGACUUUCAACCAAGGUCAGGCUUUCAACCACAACAAUGUUCGUAAAGAAGGCCAGCCUCCCAGACGCGGGCAGGAUCUCAAUCAAGGCCAACCAAUAAGUGGGAGGGAAUCAAAUAACUUUCAGUUCCAGAAUUAUUCACCAGGGGGAAACGCUGGACUUGGUCAAAACGCACAGACAAACUUCAAUUCAAUGCAGCAGGAUUCCAGAGCUGCAUUCGGUGAUUUUGGAACAAACACAGAAGGACAAAUGCAAUCGAGACCUCGAAAUACUCAGCAGUUAUCCCUUACUCCCGGACACAAUCAAGCUGUCCAAGUAAGGGACAACAUUCCUAAUAACAAUAAACCAUAUACAAGCAAUGCCGAAAGUCAGAUCAGAGGUGAAAACGACCGUCUGCAACAAAAGCAAGAUUUUCAACAUAAUUUGAAUGCAAAUGUAAAGUUUACGAGUAAACCUUUUUAUCCACAGAUGUCACAGAGUCAACCAGUUCAAAAACAACAGAGUUUGGAGUCCAAAUAUGAUCGAUAUAGGGAGACCAACCCUGCAAAUGAUAAUGCAAAACAUUUUAGUCAAAUGAGAAGGGUUGCAAAUCCCCAGACUGGAAACCCGUGGCAGAAUUCAGACAAGGUGAACCAAGUGAUUGAAAAAUCUGAGAAAGGGAUAUUUGCACGUAAUUCCAAAAUCAGUGCACAUAAAAUGUUAAACGACAACAGCAGAAAAACAUUCACUUUUAACAAUGGACGACCGCAAACCAAUAUCAACAAAGCGAUUAGUUUUGAAGCUAUGCGCAAUGAGAAUGACUUAAGAAUAUUUAAUCGUCAACAAUCGAGGGCUACCCCAUUUUCUUUAAAAACCUUUGAGUCUAGUAAUCCGGCUCGAAUGGAUCAUACGGUUUCCGUUCCUCAAAAAGACCCCUCUCAGUUAGAUUUCUCCGUGAAACACUCUAGUAAGAAUGAGUACACGAAGACAAAACCAGGUGUUCAGGGGAAACAGUUGAUGAAAGAAAUCAUCAUAGAAACUACAGUCCCCCCAGCAACUACAACGAAAAGUUUCAUACAGUUUUUGAAAGAAGUUUUGGAACAGAGGGAGUUAGUCAAGAGUAAAAUGGAAGUAUCUCCGAUAGAGGACCAUACCGAAAUGGGAAAAAGUAAAGCAACAACACUCUCAACGUCGCCAAGCACAGAAUCACCAACAACGCACAAGAAACCGACAAAAGCACCAUCAACGACUACCUCCACGUCAGCAAUACCACUGACAGUGACAUCAGCAAUACCAUCUACCACAUCUUCUGCUACUACUUCAUUUUCUACAGCUAUUUACACAACAAUAAUAACCGAUUCCAUUGCAACAACAAAACGCAGAGAUACAAACAAAUCGACCAUAAAGCUGGAUUUAGAUCAAACUCCUCGCACACUUCGAUCUCUUUUAGCCGGAAUAGAGAAACAUACCACAGUUAAGAUAAAAAUCCUGCCUUCCCCUGAUGGAUCCCAACGGGGUGAGACAACAAUUAUAUAUGCUACUCCUAAAUCUAAGAUCAAUCCAACUACCUCGCCAGCAACUACGACAUUUAAGUACGUUGACUCUCAGAGUGGGUUCACAACUGACCUGGUGGAAAAUCCUCCGCCUUCAACAGAAACAAAACCACCGCGCAUAAAAAUCAUGACCGAGGGUACGACACCUCCGAUCUUUACCACUACCAUGGUUAACACGACCGUCAGUUCUGCCUCGAUAACACCGAACUUUGAACAUGCGGGUGAGAGAAGUAGAGGGACGACUAAUUCCCACUUCUCUCACUUUCAGUUCACGGACACCGUCACCCAAAGAAUGGAUGUGGUGGACCAAACAAAGGAUAUACUCCUGGAUAGUGGUCCUACCACAGCAAGGGCUGUACCAGCGAGUACUGAACAAUGGUAUCAAGAAACACCAGUUGUAUACUCCAGAACAUCCCAUGUUGAUGGUAAAGCUACUGACCCGAAUCAGGUGCAAAUUUCUAGACAACGGUUUUCUAUUAAAACUUCAGAUAAUCCAGAUAUGAGUGGAUCAUGGAAGCUUCAUAUUAACAGAUUCAGGAAAAAUGAGGAACUGAAGUCUGGGGACAUGGCUGGAUCAGGGACCAGUGAAGAUAAUUGUGUAGAAGACAAUGACGAUGAUCAGAAAUCAGAGGGGUCUGACGAGGACACUCCUGAAUCUGACGAGGACACUCCUGAAUCCUGUUGUCAGUGGUGUCUCAAAAUUUUCAAUUGUCAAGAUUAA